AUGCCAUCUGAAACACAAUUAGCCGAUUCCUUUUUUGAAGACGAUGCUUAUGCCGCCAGUCAGUCUUUGGAAGAAGAGUUACUAGGCAAAGGGUAUAUGACGCAAACACCUUUGGGAGCAUCUUUGGCUGCUGAGCUUCACUCAGCUACAAGCCCUAUUUCUCCAACAACACAAGAAACGCCACUUUCGCCAACAGCGGUUCAACGGAGCCUGUCUACGUCUCUGAUACAAGAAUAUGCAAGCAAAACAUUCCCAGCAAAUAUUAACCCCGUGUCCACGCCACUACACUUUCAAGCUAUGCAUAGUUCUUCCACGGGAUUUUUCUGCAGAAGUCGUCGAAGCUCAUUUUCCUCGACAUGGUCAUCACUUGAUGCAGAAGAUGAUGAUCCCUUUGAACAGCUCAAACGUCAGCUGGAGGAACUGAACUCGAAUAUUUGGGAGACAAAGACUUUACAUAAACGGCUGUGUAAUACUUUAUUGGCGGACGAAAGUCUAUUUCCUAAAAAUCAAACCCAAGGCAAUUUUGCGCCACCACCGGAGUUACCGAUCACCUCUUUCAUCAACGUUGUCGAACGAAAAUGGCGCGACAGAGAACGUCAAACCAGCCAUUUAAAAAAUAUCGGAAAUUCGAUCCGCAAGGAAAUGGCUUGGAUGUCCAAGGACGAUAUCAAAGAUUUGGAAAUGCUGGUGAACUCGAUGAUGUCGACCCUACACGAUCGAACCUUUAGUUACGAGAAUCCUUUGCCGGUGAUAAGAAGUCUCAACAUGGAUACGCUGGCGGUGACCGAUUCGUUGGAAGAAUUGAAAGAACUCAUGUUUGUUAACAAACACCAAGUGCAAGAACUCAACUCGCGCCUCCGAUCCAUUGCCAAAACGGUUCAUGAAGUUCGAAAAGAUAUCAGACGAAUAAACAAGUUCUUAGAAGAAAAGGACGACGAUGACGCCGUAGUACUUGAACGAGGCGAAGUGCAAGCUCGUGUCAAGGAAAUUAUGUGGGGACUAGACGACCUAGAUAACGAAAGCUCCCAGAAGGUGAAGCAAAUACAAACAUUUUUGGAGGAAGAGGAAAAAAUGGCAACUGCACCUUAA